AUGCGUGAUGAUGGACCGACUACGCUUUUUUCCGAUCUCCAAAGUGACAAACACCGCCAGGACUGGCUGGCAGCACGGCAACCUUUAUCAGACGCAACACUUUCGAGCGGCUUCAGCGGGGGGCCAAGCAGCAGAUGCUCACAUUCCGCACUGCGACGGCUACGAAAGGGUUUCAGAGGCGAUGAGAUAAGGCACAUGCCGUCAUGGUGGGUACCCCACCCAUCCCACAAGCAGGGAGCCCAGACGUUCCCCAGGAUGAACGGAAACAGCGGCUUGGUCGCCUGUGCCCUCCUGUUCUUUGUAUUCCAGGUUGAAUCUGGGCGGGUGCUGCGCGGGAUGGCGGGCAUAGCCUGGAGCAUCCGAAGCAUGGGUGGGGAACCCGUCAAAGCCGCGCCGCACAUGGGCCGGCCAGCGGCGGCUUAUCGCGGCUCACCGCGGCCAUCACACUCGGCCGGCGCCUUUCCGCUUGCGAUUGGCAUCUCACCUCAACGCUGUACCGCCGGCUCUACGCUUUACCGCUGCCAACCUCUCCUUCUACUUCGGGACGCUACUGCCAGGUAUCGAAGCCAUUCUAGGAUGGCGCCCGUCCCGUCACGAAUUGCCUAUGCGCAAGGACUGUGGACAGAGACAGGAUCUAGAGACUACCCCCGCCCGGGAGGGAAGGUUGGCCAGAUUACUCAAGUCCUUGUCCUCCAAAGGCGGAAGUCCGUCGUUGAAUAA